GAUGCGUACUUUACCGUUGCACGCGGGCAGUGUUUGCGAAUAAACCUGCACCGUUUUUGAUCAAUUUCAACGUUUUUUUUGUCGUUAAUAAUCCAUGAAUUUCACCUACCAUAAGAUUCAACUGUACGCAUUGAGUUAAAGCUACGUCUUCAGCUUCAGGUUACAGGAUUGUGCGUUCUCAUCAAAAUGGCCGAAGCUGCACCACCCACUGAGACCACUUGCAAGAUUAGACAUAUACACAUCGAAUGCCCAAUCUGCCUGAGUCGGUUUACCGAUCCGAAAAUACUGGACUGUCAGCACAGCUUCUGCCUGAAAUGUCUUCAGGAACUUGUAGCCAAAUAUGACCAAAAAGUGGAUUGUAUAAAUUGUCCAGUGUGUAGAGAGAAAACUUCAAUCCCAGAAAAGGGAGUGUCGGCUCUUUUUAACUGUUUUUUCUUGAGCUCGCUUAUUGAUGACGUCAUCCAUCUUGAAGGUCCGGAGGAGGACAUCAACCCUCCUGUCUCGACUUGCGAAGGAUGCGACGAAGGUCUUGAACCCGUCUCUCGGUGUGUUGACUGUGAUGCAAACUUGUGCAAGACAUGUCAGGAAUACCACGCGAAAUUAAAAAUGAACAGGCAUCAUCAAAUCGUGAAUGCUGUCGGCUCGUCAAAUGAGCGACCCGAGAACAAGGACAAAACUCAAUCUCCAAAGUGCCGGAAACACACUGACCAGGAACUGCGUUUUUACUGCGAAACUUGCGAUUUACUUGCGUGCCAUGCUUGUGUGGUGUUUGAUCACAGAGCGUCGAACCACAAUCUCUCUGAAAUCAAUGAUUCCAUUACAUCUUACCGUCAAGCUGUUGAAGAGGCACUGAUGAAAUUUGAUGAAUGUCGCAAGCAAUUCCAAAAAGUGGAUGACUCUAUCAAACACUCUCAGCGUAGAUUGCAACUCAUGGUCGAUCAGGCUCUUCAAGAUAUUUUGGUUAAGGAGGAAGAGGAAAUCACCAAGAUUAGAAGUGCAUCUCGCCUCCUUCAAGAAAGAGUCACUCAAAUCGGUCAAGAAAGAGGUGAGGAAUUUGGCAGCAUACGGAGCAGCAAUAACGUUAAGAUGAGCCGUGCAGAGCAGAUCGUAGCUUCAGUCAAUGACUUGAUGCAGAAAGCUGAUGACUUUGAGCUGCUGGACCUCAAGUCAAAAGUCAUGCACAACUUGACAUUCCACAAAGAGCUCCAGUUUCAAACAGUGCAGCAUAGUAAGUCAUUCAUCAGGUUCAAAGGUCAUGAUGUCGUCACUGAUGCGGAUAUCGGUGAAAUACUAGAGGAAGAGAAGUGGAAGGUGAAGACAGAGUUUGGUAAAGAAGGGGAAGGUGAGGGGGAGUUCAAGAUGGCAGUUGAAGUUGCUUGUUUUAGCAACGGUGACAUUGUAGUUACUGACGCAAAAAGGUAUCUAUUAUCCACAUUUACAUCAAAGGGUUUUUUCAAAUAUACAGGUGUUCAGAGUGGUACAGAGGAUGGUCAACUAAAACACCCUUCCGGUGUUGCCGUGACCUCUGAUGACCUGCUUCUGGUUACUGACGGACUGGAUGUAAAGGUUUAUGAUAGAGAACUGCGAUAUAUCCGUCAGUUCAGACCCUCACAGAAUGAAGUCGAUGGGCAGUCAGAAAGUAAACUCGGUGGAAUCGCUUUGGACGAGAAAGAUCGGAUUGCAGUGGUUGACUGUACGAGAAAAGUAAUAUCUCUCCAUAAUAUGGAUGGAUCCACCAUUUCUACAAUACAUCAUGCCGAAAUAGACCAUAUGUGCAGGCUAUAUGUAAGCAGCAAGGAGCGAGUGAUCUUCACAAACUACAACAAGAUGAAAUUAGUUUGUCUGGAUUUCAUGGGAAACGAGGUGUUCAAUAUCAGCACCACUAUUUGCGGCACACCUGUAAAACCUGCUGGUGUUUUCUGCGACGAUGCUGGAGACAUCUAUGUGUCCUUUCAUGAAGACGUUUAUCUUGGAAUCUUUGAGAUACAUCAUUACGAUGCAUCAGGUGAACACAUCGGCUGUGUAGCUCGUGGCUUGUACAAUCCUCUAGGCAUGACGUUUACUCCUACCGGUGACGUCAUCGUGGCUGAUAGGCACUCGGUCAAGAUCAUGCAUCGCGUGUGAGUGUCAAUGAAGUAAUGGUCGAGAAUGAAACAUGUUCAAGACAAUUACAAGUUACAAAGUUAGACAAUAGUAAUUAUUGGAGAGACUCAAUCAUACCCAAGAUUGUGAAUAAGUUAUCAUUCGAACAAAUCCAUGAACAACCCUCUCAUUCAAAACCGGCCAAUCGUUCCGUGAAAUUUUAAUAAUUGACUUUCGCGUUGACAUUGAUGAAUCAUUAAUUAAUUAAUUAAUUACAGUGCGACCACACAUCGGUGUUUGGGUAAAAAAAUAAAAAACUAUUCUUUUCCCCGAUGCAAAUUUAACAUCUAUUAUACAUUAAUUAAUUUCUGCUAAGCCGUUUAACCAAUCAAAAGGAGGUGGGAUGUGAGGUCGCUAAGAGUAGAGGGAACUCAGAGCUCCAUUGUUCAGUUAUUUUGAGACUACAAACUCUGUCAGCACGUACUGACAUUGAGUUACGGUCAUUGUCUUAACCACUCCAUACACACCGGUCAGCUCAUAUAGGCAUUGCUAUCUUAAGUUGGACCAUACCACACGUCCUAUAGGGGUUUCAAUCAAGGGGCAGUGAUUCGGUUAGAAAGGGCCAGGACUAAUCUCUUCUUGCCUUCUUUGUGUACAAAUGCAUCAAUUGUCAACGGUAGAUGAAGCCAUUACAAAACCUACUUAACUUAUAUUGAUCAACAUUGAAUCCGUUGAUUACUUUCAUAUGUUUACAGAAAAAUCAUGCAACGAUUUAUUUAAAAGAAACAUAGUCACCUGAUAAAUAAUUAUAAGCAAUUGAAUGAACUGCUAAUAAUUAUUCCGAAAAGUCGAUAAAAUCAUGCUUAAUAAUGUAGGAUUUUAGUUGAAAC